GAAGAACCCCAACCACCCCCACCCCUGGCCGCUCCUGGCACCAUGGGCGAUGUGGGCAAUGAGCUGUUUGCCGUGGUACAGCAGGUGCAGCCUGAACUGGCGCCGAAGCUCACUGGCAUGCUCCUGCAGCUGGGUGAGGCCGAAUGCUGGGCCUGCUUGGAGGAUCACAACAAGCUGGCCGAACGCUUGGAUGAGGCGAUGGCCAUCCUGGAUGGAGCUCAUGCUGAGGCUGCGCCCAAAGCUAAGCCGCAGCCUGAAAAGCGGGUGGAUCCCGAAGAUGGGGUGACCAGGACGUUCGCCGAGCUCCAAAAGCACUAUGCGGGACAAUACUCCCCGCAAGAGAUCAAGGAGUACUGGGAUCACUGCAAGCCAUCGACGUCCGCAACCUCCCGGACCACUGCGACAGCGCCUGCGGCGGCACCGGCCGCGGCUGCGGUGAAUGGCACGCACAAGCCGAAGGCGGCCGCUCGGCCGGCGCCCGCGGCGCCCGCAGCACCAGCUGCAGCGAAGGUUCAGCCGGCUCCGGCUCCGGCGGCAGCACCCAAGGUGCAGCCGGCCCCAGCCAAGGCACCCAAAGGAAGCCAGGUGCCAGCUCCAGCGGCAGCUAAGGACGUGGUGCCUCGAUUGGGCGCCUGGCUCCGGGAACUGAGGCUAGAGGCUUACUUGGCGGCCGCCAACGAGUGGGCGGAGGAGCAAGGCGCCGUAAGCUUGGAGGAGAUUCUCGAGUUUGCCGAGGACUUCACCCAGGAUCUGAAGAUGAAGUCCCUGGAGCGCAAGAGGAUUGUCGAGAAUGGCGAAGCCGCUGCGCAAGCGGUGGAAGAGAUGGAGGAGGAAGGUGCGGACGAGGACGAGGAUGCGCUGGAGGAGGGCCGAGCCGGACAGCUGGACACGGAACGGGACCUGGCUGCUCUCAGCUACGUGGACCACCCAGAACCAGAUCUUCCUCCAGCUCGCCCCGCAGCGGCGCGCCCGUGCGCCGCGACGGCAGCGCCCUCCGCAGCACGAGCACCGGCGACGUCCACGGCAAGACCUGCAGCUGUGGCCACUGCACCGGCACGAAGUGGUCGAAAGCAAGGCUUUGGAGGUGACGAAGAAAGCGCGACUGGAGGUUACUACGACAAGGGUGCAGAGGAGAAGCGCGUCGAUCUGGAGGAUGGCAAAGCCAAGACCUUUCGGGAGCUACAAGCAGAGUACACGCACCUGUACAGCCCCCAGGAGAUCUUGGAAUAUUGGAACGAGUGUGAGAUUCCAGCCGCGAGUGCACCUGCCCCACCAGCCACGAAGUCGGCAGCGAAAAGCCAGCCUUGGGGAGCCGGGGGCAGCAAGUUACGCUUCUGAGCCGGACUUGGAGAUGUGACAGAUGCUGCCGCCAGCCCAUGUCCAAUCAACAUUGGCCCUUGCCUUGGGGAACACGAAACGGCUUCUCAGAUUGCUUUCUUGGCAUGGGUGGCUUUUCGAUAUCUCGCUCGCAUUUUCCAGAAAACGCUGCGCACGGUUUCGGCCGCGCGAAGCACGCUGCGCUGCCUGCAGCGAGCCGCAAAACCGCCCUGCCAAACGGACCGCCCCCGCACCGAGAGUUUCGGAGCCUGUGAACGACC